GUCAUGUGACUCGUUUCCUGUCAAAGCAGUAAAUAGAGCAAGCGAGCUAGCACCACAGGCUAUAUUUGGCCACUGUCUGUAUUAGCGGAAUAGACAUGUUUUAUCAUUCUCUAUUUCAUUUAGGCAGUUAGUCCAGCGUCUGUUGGCUGUGUGGUGCGUUUCGGUGUGCUGCCUUUCAUUAAGCGAUGAACCGACAGCUUGACUUUGUGUUGUAAGGGAGGCACGUCCACCUAAUAAAAUCUGUGGUGACUUAGCUUUGCUAGCUAGCUUCACAGGUUAGUUUAACGCUAGCGGGCUGAGUUAGCAUCUUAAGGUGGCUUCGUUGCUAGUGACUAUGCAAGGGGAAACUACGGCUAUACGAAUCACGGAAAACGAAGGCAAGCUGGAUGUAUUGCCCCAGAACAAGACCCCAAACUUGGGGAGAGCAAGUGCCAAAGGCUGGCAGUAUAGUGACCACAUGGAGAAUAUUGAUGGCUACUUGAUGAAAUACACCAACCUUGUAACCGGGUGGCAAUACAGGUUCUUUGUAUUAAACAAUGAGGCAGGCUUGCUGGAGUACUUUGUCAAUGAGCAGUUGCGGCCCCAGAAGCCCCGCGGUAUGCUCCCCUUGGCAGGGGCCGUGAUCUCCCCCAGCGACGAGGACUCUCAUACCUUCACUGUCAACGCCAUCAGCGGGGAGCAGUACAAGCUCCGGGCCACCGAUGCCAAAGAGAGACAGCACUGGGUGAGCCGACUGCAGAUCUGCACACAGCACCACACAGAGGCCAUGGGGAAGAGUAAUCCCCCACCCAAAUCCCGAAGCUACUCUAUGGCGUCUCAAGGCAGCGGCAGCUCACCCAUGUCCCUGCGCCGGCCCAGCCAAAACCCUGCCGCCUUACUUGGCUGGUCACAGGUCAACAAGGGCUCGUCCCUCUACUCCAGCAAGAGGUCCCUGCUGCCAGACCACCUGAUGGACGCCAGAGAGAUGAUGACCCAGGCCCAGGGCCAACACAGAGACCUGAUCCAGAGCAUCGAGGGCCUGCCUGCAGCCCCUGGCCUCUGCCCUCUAGACCAGGACCUGCUAAUGCUUAAGGCCACUUCCAUGGCCACCAUGAACUGCCUCAACGAGUGCCUGCACAUCCUGCACCUGCAACAGGUGGCCAGGCAGAGAGGCUCCCUGGGAGGACCCACCAUCGAGUGGCUGGAGCCCAAGCUGCCCGACGUUCUGAAGAACGGCAGCAGCUCGCUGGGCAGCUUCCCGACAGGGGAGAGCGCGCUGGAGGGGAGCAAUCUGGAGCUAGGCAGCCCCGAGUCCUGCAGCUUUUCUGGGGAACAAGAAGACAUCGAUGCAGAAGAUGAGGCGGAGGACUCGUUCACGGACAAGGAGGAGGACCUGGGUGCUGUGGAGGAGGAGCGCAGCAUCAUCCUACACCUGCUGUCCCAGCUGAAGCUGGGCAUGGACCUCACGCGGGUGGUCCUCCCCACUUUCAUCCUGGAGAAGCGCUCUCUGCUGGAGAUGUACGCUGAUUUCAUGUCCCACCCGGACCUCUUUGUGGCCAUCACCGACGGCAGCAGCCCCGAGGACCGAAUGGUCCGCUUUGUGGAGUACUACCUCACCUCCUUCCACGAGGGCCGCAAGGGGGCCAUUGCCAAGAAGCCCUACAACCCCAUAAUCGGCGAGACCUUCCAUUGCUCCUGGAAGGUACCCAAGACACCAGAGGCCCCCAAGGAGCCGUCGCAGGGAAACCCAGACCCGCCCGCCGCCCAGGAGCCCUACCAAGUGCGCUUUGUGGCGGAGCAGGUGUCUCACCACCCGCCUGUUUCUGGCUUCUAUGCUGAAUGUCAGGAGAGGCAAAUCUGUGUGAACACGCAUGUGUGGACCAAGAGCAAGUUCAUGGGAAUGUCCAUUGGCGUAUCCAUGAUAGGGGAAGGUUGUCUAUAUCUGCUGGAGCACGAUGAAGAGUACACUUUCACUCUGCCCUGUGCGUAUGCCCGCUCCAUCCUCACUGUUCCCUGGGUGGAACUAGGCGGUAAAAUCAACAUCAACUGCGCUAAAUCGGGCUACUCGGCUGUUCUCACUUUCCAGACUAAACCAUUUUACGGUGGCAAAUUGCACAAGAUAACGGGAGAGGUGAAGCACAACGCCACCAACGCGGUGGUGUGUCGUGUGCAGGGCGAGUGGAACGGCGUUCUGGAGUUCAGCUACACCAGCGGAGAGACGAGGGUGGUCGACGUCACCAAGCUUCCAGUCACCAAGAAAAGCGUUCGUCCGAUUGAGAAGCAGGGACCAACUGAAUCCAGGCGCCUUUGGCAGCAUGUGACAGAGUCCUUACGGCAGAAGGACAUCGAAAAAGCCACGGAGCACAAGAGGUUUCUGGAGGAGAGGCAGAGGACAGAGGAGAGGCACCGGGCUGAGAGUGAAACCGCUUGGAGGACCAGAUACUUUGACAGAGAGGGUGAAGGCUGGGUCUAUCACAAACCACUUUGGAAAAACUCUGCAUUCAAAACCUAGUUUCUUCAGGCUGUACCUAUGAUGUUGGUAUUGUAGAUUCAGGAGUGUGUGUGUGUGUGAGAGAGAGGGAGUGAGUGAGAGUGUCUGUGUGAGCACACACGUGGUUAUGAAAUGAUAGCGUGACCUGCACUGACGUACAGAUAAAUUGCAACGUUUGGAAGAAGGACUUGGACAGCAUCUCAAAUCUCGCUCAUGAUUUUCACAAAGCCUCGACGUACAAGCUUUUGUACUACUGAUCAGUUUUUUUUAUAAUCCAAUGUCAAACACUCUUGUACAGGUAAUGGUACUCUAUUUACACAGCCUUAAGAUAGUCUGAUGAAUGUUGGGGGACCUGCUAAUUAACCUGCAUAUGGUUCUGUUUUUCCAAGCUGUUAUCACACUAAGGUCAAGUGACUUUUGAGCAGUUUCAUCCUAAAAUAAGAUAUCCAACAUACCUAAAUAAUUGGAACACUGCCUGUAAAUGUGAAAAUGUUGUCAAUUGGAUUUAGUGUCCUGGAAUGUAAAGUUGCCGUAAAUGAUGUUAAGCGCCUGAAAGCGUUCCUUCAUAUAAAAGUGUUUCUCUAUACCA